GCGUCAGCUCAGAGAGCUUGACGGAGGCGGCUGCCGCAAAGCGGCCGUGGUGACAACGAUGAUGGCCGGGACCGGGCCACUCCCAGGCGGCGGAGAAGCUGUGCCCUCAGGCCCAGGGCCCGGAGUGCCCGGGAAAAGCGGUGAGGAGCGACUGAAAGAGAUGGAGGCAGAGAUGGCGCUGUUUGAGCAGGAAGUCUUGGGGGCUCCAAUGUCUGGGAUUCCAGCCCCGCUCGUACCCGCUGUGGAGCCAGCUCCCGUGCUCCGCCCCAUCAUUGCCACUAACACCUACCAGAAGGUCCAGCAGAGCCUGGAGGCCCGGGCAGCAGCAGCAGCCACAGUAAUCGCUCCCAUCGUGGCUCCCCCUGGCCCCUUUGUGAGUCCUGUUGGCUUCGGGCCUGGGGGAGAUAGAAGUCGGCUGGACAGCUCAGAGGCCCGGGAUGCCAUGUUUCUCCACUUGGCCGCAGGUGGCCCACGCCCCAUGGCUCUUCGGCUGCCACAUCAGGCCCUGGUUGGGCCUCCCCUCCCUGGGCCUCCUGGACCCCCUAUGAUGUUGCCACUCAUGGCCCGGGCACCGGGACCCCCAAUUGGCACGAUGGUGACUCUGAGACCUCCCCCCGAGGAGCCUCCAGCUCCUCGGGAACUAGACCUGGGCCUGGGCUUGAAAGAGAAAGAGGAGGCUGCAGCUGCGGCUGUGGCUGUGGUAGCUGCCUCAGCUGCUGCAACUUCUGGGCUGGAAGAAGUGGCUGUGGGGGGCCCAGGAGCUACCACAAUCAUUGGGCCCAGCCUUCCCCUGCCCUUGGCCAUGCCCUUGCCUGAGCCUGAGCCUCUGCCUCUACCUUUGGAAGUAGUGCGGGGCCUGCUCCCACCCCUGCGAAUCCCUGAGCUCCUGUCUCUCCGGCCCAGGCCCCGACCCCGGCCUGAGCCCCAGCCACCCCCGGGACUCAUGGCCCUUGAGGUCUCAGAGCCACUAGGUGAGGACAAGAAGAAAGGGAAGCCAGAGAAGUUGAAACGGUGCAUCCGAACAGCAGCUGGGAGCAGUUGGGAAGACCCCAGCCUCCUGGAGUGGGAUGCAGAUGAUUUCCGAAUUUUCUGUGGGGAUCUGGGCAAUGAGGUGAAUGAUGACAUCUUGGCCCGAGCCUUCAGCAGAUUCCCCUCCUUCCUCAAAGCCAAAGUUAUCCGGGAUAAGCGCACAGGCAAGACCAAAGGUUAUGGCUUUGUCAGUUUCAAGGACCCCAGUGACUAUGUGCGGGCCAUGAGGGAGAUGAAUGGGAAGUAUGUGGGUUCCCGGCCUAUCAAGUUACGCAAGAGCAUGUGGAAGGACCGGAAUCUGGAUGUUGUACGGAAGAAGCAGAAGGAGAAGAAGAAGUUGGGGCUGAGAUAGCCCAAAUCACCAAGAUUCCCCCUUAUCCUUUUAUGACGUCCUUGCCCCUGUCCCCAAACUGAAUAAAUUUGAAUUCUUAAAAAAAAAAAAUUAAGAGCCUACCAUGUGCCAGGCAGAGGGUUAGGUAUGGAGGAGAAAAUUAAAUGAAACAUGUAAAAUGAAACAGUCCUUGCACUCAAAGAGUUUACAUUCUUUGGGGAAGGGGAUAGGAGAAUUGAAAGGGACCUAGAUGUGUAAAUGCAAAAGGAAUCCAAAGGAAUUUUAAUGGGGACAUACUAAAAUGAGAAAAUCAAGAAAUUUCCCUUACUUUGAGUUGAGCCUUUAGUUGACACUUGAGAAGAGAGGGAUUUUUAGAGGCAGGGAUGAGGAAGGAGAGCAUUCCAGGUAGGAGAAAGCCUGUACAAAGGUUUGGAAGGAGACAGUGCAAUGUAUGGAGAAUAGCAAGUGUGCCAGUUUUAAUGAAAAGCAGACUAUAUACUGAUUAAUAAAGGGAAAUCAGUCCAAGAAACUUGGGUUCAAGCUGUAUUGGGAAGAACACAAUGCCAAAGGACUGUGCCAUGUUAUGCCAUAAAUGCUUUUUGAAUGAA